UCCCCGCAGCGCCGCCGCUCCCGGCCGCGCUUCCGCCCGCGCCAUGGCGGGGAAGGCGGCCGCGGCCGGCGCCGGGGUGCUCCUGGUCACCGCCAACGUCGGGUCCCUCUUCGACGACCCAGAAAAUUUACAGAAGAAUUGGCUUCGGGAAUUUUAUCAGGUGGUCCAUGCUCACAAGCCCCAUUUCAUGGCUUUACACUGUCAAGAAUUCGGAGGGAAAAACUACGAAGCUUCAAUGUCUCACGUGGACAAGUUCGUGAAAGAACUGUUAUCAAGUGAUGCAAUGAAAGACUACAACAGAGCUCGAGUUUACCUGGAUGAGAACUAUAAAUCACAGGAACAUUUCACGGCUCUAGGAAGUUUUUACUUUCUUCAUGAAUCUUUGAAAAACAUCUACCAGUUUGAUUUUAAAGCUAAGAAGUAUAAAAAGGUUACUGGGAAAGAAAUCUACUCUGACACUUUAGAAAGCACACCCAUGCUGGAAAAAGAGAAGUUUCCACAGGAUUAUUUCCCUGAGUGCAAGUGGUCCAGAAAAGGUUUCAUUCGAACAAGGUGGUGUAUUACUGAUUGUGCCUUUGACUUGGUAAACAUUCAUCUUUUCCAUGAUGCUUCCAAUUUAAUUGCUUGGGAAACAAGCCCAUCGGUUUACUCAGGAAUACGGCAUAAGGCUCUUGGCUAUGUGCUUGAUAGAAUUAUCGAUCAGCGAUUUGAGAAAGUUUCAUAUUUUGUCUUUGGAGAUUUCAACUUCAGACUGGAUGCCAAAGCAGUAGUAGAGACACUAUGUGCAAAGGCCACAAUGCAGACCAUCCGGGCAGCUGACACAAAUGAAGUAGUCAAGCUAAUAUUUCGUGAAUCUGAUAAUGACCGAAAGGUUAUGCUGCAAUUAGAAAAGAAGCUCUUUGACUAUUUUAAUCAAGACGUAUUUAGAGACAACAAUGGCACUGCGCUUUUAGAAUUUGACAGAGAGCUGUCAGUCUUUAAAGACAGAUUGUAUGAACUGGACAUCUCAUUUCCUCCCAGUUAUCCCUACAGCGAGGACUCUAGCCAGGGAAGGCAGUACAUGAACACGAGAUGUCCAGCCUGGUGCGACAGAAUCCUGAUGUCCCAUUCAGCCAAGGAGCUCAUUCUGAAAUCAGAAAAUGAUGAGAAGAUAGUAAUAUAUGACCACAUUGGGCCAAAUGUCUGCAUGGGGGAUCACAAGGAAAAAGAUGCCUACGAAGUGAGAAGAUUUUCCGUGAAACCACACUGUAGCCAGGAGGGAAGGCAGCACACUGAAAUCUGUAAUCCUAACAGCUGUAUUGAUAAAUCCAGUCCUGAGUGCCACAUUUUUAGACUGCUGAUCGUACACUAUGCUUCAGCAUCUGGACUCUGUUCAAGAGACGCCUCACAUACCUCACUGUCUUGUAUGUUCAUGUGACAUCAAGUAGAAAUGUGGAAUUAUUUUUUAUAUAUAUGUCACAGUUCUGUUGCCAAAACUCUAAAUAGACAGCAGAUAUGUUAUGUAUUCUAGAUUUCACAACUUUCAACUUUUAAUAAGUGUUUGUCAAUGUGGAAAAGCUAUUUCAGCAUAUUAUAAAGUUUUAAAGGUAUCAUACCCAUUAUAUACCUUUACCACUUUGGGAUUUUGUACAUUGGAUUGUAUAGAUAGAGAUAUUGGUGGUUUUAAAUGGUAUUUUCUUUUUUGACCAAGGCUAAUGGUUUGUGUUUUAGUUUUAGCAUUUUUGUUUUAAUUUUUUAAUUUUUUUUCUCAUUUUAUUUACUAUACUGCCAUGUUACAUGGUUUUUGAAUCACACAGCAGCUGCUUUCUAUACAUACAUAUAUGUGUGUGUAUAUAUAUAUGUAUGUAUGUGUAUAUAUACACAGAUAUAUAAAUAAUUUAUAAACCUGACCAAAACUUAUGCUAAAUAUACUUUCCAGUAUGAAUGCUUGAGAGUGCCAUAUCAGCAGUAAGUAUUGGAGUCUUAGCAGGUUUAGUUUAAGUGUACAUCAACAACCAACAUUUAUAUAAUAAAUAAUAUAUAGCAGUGCCAUCCUGGAUACAGAUAUAUAGCAUACUAUAUAGCACAUAUAUUAGCAGUUUCACUUUGUUACUCCUAUAAUCUCUUCUUUCUAUAUAAUAUUAAGGAUUGAAUGUGAAGUUCUUAGCUAGGUUUGGGUGUAACUUUCCAGAAUUUUGUAAACUGUUUUUGUCCAUCUUUUGUUACUGUUUCAUGGUGCCAUAUUCUAUAUUGAAACAAUAACAAUACGGGAGAAGAAAAUCAUAGUCGCUUCAAGUAGCAACUGUAUUGGACACAGACUGUAUUUAUACAGUAUUUAAAAAAAAAAAAAAAAAACAACCAUCAACCCAACUGUAAAUUUUCCUGGUUAGUAGCUCAGUGCAGCCUACAAUAUAGUCUUGUUACAGACAUUUUCCUCCCACCACUAAAUACAACAUUAAAAGGUGAUUAGGGAGUCUGUUGAUGAAACACAAAUGUAUGUUUUAUUGAUUUAAUUUAGAACACUACAGAGUUCAUGGACUGCGUGAUGGCAUUAGAUUGAUGCUUGAUUUUGGUAUAAAUCACUACCAUUGGAAAUGAUUUGAUAUCCGCUUGCAGAGUUUUCUCAACAGUACAGCCCAGUUUAUAGCAAGUUUUGUUGCCCAAAGGGUGUCUGCAGCUCUGUAUUGUUACUGUGCCAUGUUGCAUUAUAACCACACAGUAAUUCUAUUUAAGCGAACUCAACUCAUGAUAACUCUGAAGGCCUUUAGAAAUGAGUACUCUGGUUCUCAAGCAAUAAAACUAAUCAUGGUGAA